AUGUCGGAAGCAGGGAGCGCGGGCCGGGCUCGGGCCGCCGUGGCGCGGCUCUCGGAGGCGGUGGGCGAGCGGCGGCGGCGGCUGGGCACCGCCAUGGGGGAGGCGCGGCGGCAGCGGCGGCUUCUGCUGGUGGUGGUGUGCGUGGCGCUGCUGCUGGACAACAUGCUGUACAUGGUCAUCGUGCCCAUCAUCCCCGACUACAUCGCGGCCAUGCGCGGCGGGGGGGGCGCCGGCGCCCCGUCCGCGCCCGCGGGGGGCAACGGGAGCGGCGGCGGCAACCGGAGUCUCCUGCCAGCGCGGUACCCGCCGGCCGCGGGGGGCAACGAGGACGUGCAGAUCGGGGUGCUGUUCGCCUCCAAGGCCAUACUGCAGCUGCUGGUGAACCCGCUCAGCGGCACCCUCAUCGACCGCGUGGGCUACGAGGCCCCGCUGUUGGCCGGGCUGGCCGUCUUGUUCCUCUCCACCACCACCUUCGCCUUCGCGGAGAACUACGCGACGCUGUUCGCGGCGCGCAGCCUGCAGGGGUUGGGCUCGGCCUUCGCCGACACCGCCGGCAUCGCCCUCAUCGCCGACCGCUACGCUGAGGAGCCGGCGCGGAGCCGCGCCCUGGGCACGGCGCUGGCCUGCAUCUCCUUCGGCAGCCUGGCCGCCCCCCCCUUCGGCGGCGUCCUCUACGAGUUCGCCGGCAAGCGGGUGCCCUUCCUGGUGCUGGCCUGCGUCUGCCUCCUCGACGGGCUCCUGCUGCUGGCCCUGGCACCACCCUGCGCCGCAGGGGCAAGGGCCAACAUGCCUGUUGGCACUCCCAUCCACCGCCUCAUGGUCGACCCCUUCAUCGCUGUGGUAGCGGGGGCCCUGGCCACCUGCAACAUCCCUCUGGCCUUCCUGGAGCCCACCAUCGCCAACUGGAUGAAGGAGUCCAUGGGGGCCAGCGAGUGGGAGGUGGGCCUCACCUGGCUGCCCGCCUUCUUCCCCCACGUGCUGGGUGUCUACGUCACCGUCCGGCUGGCUGCCGCGUACCCCCACCUCCAGUGGUUUUACGGGGCCUUGGGUAUGGCCAUCAUCGGUGCCAGCUCCUGCCUGGUACCAGCCUGCAGGAAUUUCGGGCAGGUCAUUGUUCCCCUCUGUGGCAUCUGCUUCGGCAUUGCCCUGGUGGACACGGCCCUGCUGCCCACCCUGGCCUUCCUGGUGGAUGUGCGCCAUGUAUCUGUCUAUGGCAGUGUCUACGCCAUUGCAGACAUCUCCUACUCUGUGGCGUAUGCCCUGGGGCCCAUUGUGGCCGGCCAGAUUGUGCACACCAUGGGCUUUGCACAGCUGAACCUGGGCAUGGGGCUUGCCAACGUGCUUUACGCCCCUCUCCUCCUCUCCCUCAAAAACGUCUGCCAAAUGAAACCCUCUCACUCAGAGAGGAACGUCCUCCUUGAAGAAGGACCUAAGGGACUCUAUGACACUAUCAAAAUGGAGGAGCGCAAAGGCAUGGGCAAAAGCCUCCGUCCAGUGGGUGAGAUGGAGGAGAACAGCAUGGACUCUUACCACAGGGAUCUGACAGGGGUGUCUGAGGAGGACUCGUCGGACUAUGAAUACAGUUAGGUUCACCCAUGCAGUCCAGCCCUAGGAGCAAGGAGAGGCAUGUGAGAGAGAGGGAAAGGGGGGGAUGAAAUCAUUACUGCAUUAUGUUUCUGUACUGAUGUGCAAUAUAUACGGAGUUUAACCUUUGUCAUGAUGUAAUGGCUUUGUUCUAGAUUUAUUUUUAAUCGGUAUUUUCUUCAUCAUUCUGGCAAAGUGGAAGGGGUGGGGAAUGGGGGGACAAUCCUGAAGAAAAAUAAUCUGAAUAUUCAUUGGCAUAAAUCUGGAGGGUAUUCUUCCAAUAAAACUGCCAUCAACAAAACAAAAUAAAAAACCCCAGCAGCGUCACAGCUGGGGUAUAAUUGUGCAAAAUUUUCACAAGCUGAAACUGUGUGUGACAUUCUGUAUAUCUCUGUAAAAAUAAAUAAGCAAAAAAGUCUGUGUAAAAUUUUGAAUUGCAUAUUCAGGGACUUAGUAAAUCUUGUGUACAUAGAUUUUCCUUUGGUUUCAUAUAUUUAAGAAGAGUGACAAUAUAAUGUCUUAUUCUUCCUUGGGAAUA